CAAAAAGAACGAUUCGUUCACGAACGUAACAUCACUACAACCAUCCGGGCUGUCAUGGCCGCUGUUAGAUGCGGGAGUCUGGAGUGUUUCCCGGAAAACAUUUUAAUUGACAUUUUAUCUUAUUUAAAUGUGCGAGAACUCGUGCGCAACUCCAGGGUGUGCAGGCGCUGGAAGCAGCUGGUGAAGGAUCAGAGAUUGUGGCGUUCUGUUGAUCUGUCCUCAUGGAAAGCGGUGCCAUCUCGAGUGCUGUGGAUUCUGCUGCGUCAGUAUCUGGGUCGUGGCCUGCGAUAUCUGCGUCUGCGCGGUCUGCUGUUGUCUGCACGUGGCGGUGCCUUCCUUACUGAAUCGUGGCUGCAGGGUCUGACCUCCAAGUGCCCUCGUCUGCGCAGACUCUGCCUGCUGCACACAGACCUGCGCGGCUUACACAGCUGCUCUCUGCUGCCCCCUACUUUACAGGUGCUGGAACUGCAUUAUUGUGAAGUCCCACCUGCUUUCUUUACCCAGAAUCCCUCUGGAUCAGAAACAGACAGAACUGCCACAGAAAACGAAGCGCCUUCAUCCGCCGGCCAGAGCAUGGCCAUACAGACGCUCGUUCUCGAUACCGUACCAUCCUUUUCUGAUCAGCACCUGCAGAGUCUCAGCUCGUGGCCUCACCUGAGCCACCUGGAGCUGAGGGAUCUGAUCCGCGUGACAGUAGCCGGUCUGAAGGGCUGCGUUCCCCCCGGGGUGCAGUCGCUCACCCACCUUAAACACCUGGAGCUGGAGACAUCCAAGCGGACUCAGAUGGUAGCGCUGGGUCUCGGCGGGGGCUGGCCCGGUCUUGAGGGUCUCAGUUUGGGUGGUAAAGAGGUCGGUCCUGGUCUGCUGUCUGUCGGCCGUCUGCCAGACCUGCGCUCAUUGCGUCUGCACACGUGCAGAUUGGCGCAAGUGAUGGUGCUCAGAAGCUGCAGGUGUCUGACACAGCUGCGCAGGCUGGAGUUCAGUGAGGUGGAGUUUAUAGAGGAGGAGGUGAGAGAGGAUGAGACGGACGGACUGAAGAGUGAAGAUGAUCCUGUGAUGAAGUUUAGACACGUGUUAUGUGAACUGCUCCCCCGAUGCACCGUAUGUUUCAACAAAUGCACACUCACAAUAAACAACGACUGACACAGACACACAAUUAUACUGCAGAGACAUUACACGUGUGUGCGUGCGUGCGCCUUUAACAGACAAGAACAAAAACAUGUUUUUCAGAUCUGUGACUUUGAGCUGUUUAUAAAUGCAGACUAGAUUAUUUUUACUUGAAAUAAAGUUGUUGUAUGUGAAUAUUGCUUGCAGUUUUAAUAAUUGUUGGUUUAGGGUGAAUCUCGUGUCUGGCCAUAUGUCACUUUGGAAUCAAAAGAAAGCAUUAAGAAAUUAUAUUUUGAUUAAUGUAAAAGGUUAUAGGGACUUUUGCUGUAUUGUUGCAUUAUUUUAUGAUAACUAAGCAAUCCUCAUUACUGUAAUGAAGAAAAACAUUGUAAUGUGUGUAUUUGUUGUACUGCCUCAAAUUUGUAGCAAUGAAAAUGACAAAGAACUCAGAAUGCAUUUUAGAUUGAUGAUGAGAUUCAGACAAGAAACAUUUUUAACUGAAGUGGAAAUAUUACAUUGGCAAAAUCUUAUUAGUAAUAAAGAAUCGUUUUUUACCUAAUACAGCGAUAAAAAUGGCCUGUUUGUCUAUUGUG